AUGGAUUGCUCUCAGGCCAGCACGAUAGAGGAGUACGGUGUGUAUACAAUGCUGCCGGCGCAGCAGCUCGCGCCAAUCAGCCCCUGGCCACCUGACGGUGUACUGGACCGCAUGGACGACCUCGUGCACAAAGGUCACAGCGGUGUUAACCAGCUCGGCGGCGUGUUUGUAGGAGGCAGACCGCUCCCGGACUCCACGAGGCAGAAGAUAGUGGAACUGGCGCACUCCGGAGCACGACCCUGCGACAUCAGCAGGAUACUCCAAGUCAGCAACGGAUGCGUCUCCAAGAUACUGGGAAGGUAUUACGAGACCGGUUCCAUAAGACCGCGCGCCAUCGGCGGUUCCAAGCCCCGUGUGGCUACAGCCGAAGUUGUUAGCAAGAUAGCCCAGUACAAGAGAGAAUGUCCAUCCAUCUUCGCCUGGGAGAUAAGGGACCGUCUGCUCAGCGAGGGUGUCUGCACGUCAGAUAAUAUUCCAAGCGUUUCUUCAAUAAACCGUGUGUUACGAAACCUGGCUGCUCAGAAAGAAAAGUCAAGCAACCAGCAACCAUCCAACGACUGUUCGACGCCUGUAUACGAGCGGUUGCGAUUACUUGGUACCCCGGGAUCGGCUCCGACGUGGCCGAGGUCGCCCUGGCCGACGCAGAUAGACACCAGAACACCACCUUACCAACUACACAGCUUGAGUCCUGGACCUCAGGCUAUUGGCUGCAACGGCACAGAACUGCCGGUCAUGAAGAAAGGGUUGAAAGUCCAGUGGGCGGAGCGCGCAUUACUGCCGCCCUGGCAGGGUUACGUGGUAGGCUGUCCCGUUAUCGUCCCCUUCUGCAUGAACGCCCUCGUUACAGUCCCCCCGGACCCCCUGACGGCUCCCGCAACCCCCGCAACCCCCACGCUACUCUACCACGCAUCUUGA